CCCGCCUCCUUAGGAGGGAUUUGGGGCUUUCCAUGGCGACAGCUCCAAGGACAAACCCCCCCGAGUCCCCAUGGAGCGGGGGACAGGCGCCCAGGGGGGGGACCGGGACAAUUUGGGACAAUUUGGGAAAUUUGGGGAAUUUUUUGGGGGGCGCUGAGCUCGGCUGAAGAGAUUUCCCCCCUCGAGCCCCUCUAAAAAUCCUGGAAAAAAAAUCGGGAUUUUAACCACCCUGCUCCCACCGCCUCGGGCAUCGCCUGCUCUGCUUUUCCACCGGGAAUUUGAGGAAUUCCAGGAUUUUUUUCGCCAUCCCGAACCCCCGAUCAUCCUCGGCAAUAAAUGAGGCACCACCAUGCUGACCACCCUCACCGACGGCUUCCUCUGCUGCCUCCUGGGCAAGACUCCCAACUCCGUCACCCCUUUGGACACCGUUGAAUCCCGCGACGGCUUCACCUUCCUGGAGGUCAAACCCGGCCGAAUCCUCCGCAUCCGCCACUCCGUCCGCGAUUCCUCACCGACGGAACCCACGGAAGAACCGACGGAACCGCCGCGCCGCGCCGCCGUCCACUGCCGCCGCCGCAUCACGCUCUACCGCAACGGCCAACUCCUCAUCGAGAACCUCGGCGAUUCCGACAACGCCGACCGCGACCAAGACGCCAACGCCGAGCUGGAAAUCCCGGAUCAUCCCGGAAUCCCGACCAAAGACGGCGCCAAACGUCGGAAACGCAAACCCAAGAAGGUGGUGAUGGUGGAUUGCGAGAAACGCAUCACCAGCUGCAAGGGGACGCAUAGGGAUGUUGUUCUCUUCUUCAUCCACGGUGUUGGAGGGUCUUUGGACAUCUGGAAGGAGCAGCUGGAGUUUUUUGAGGGGUUGGGGUACGAGGUGGUGGCGCCGGAUUUGGCGGGGCACGGCUGUAGCUCGGCGCCGCCCGUGGCCGCGGCGUACACGUUCUACGCGCUGGCCGAGGACGUCAGGGCCGUGUUCAAGAGAUACGCCAAGAAGAGGAACAUCCUGGUGGGGCAUUCCUAUGGGGUGUCGUUCUGCACGUUCCUGGCGCACGAGUACCCGGAGCUGGUGCACAAGGUGAUCAUGAUCAACGGCGGCGGCCCCACGGCGCUGGAGCCCAGCCUGUGCUCCAUCUUCAACCUGCCCCCCUGCGUGCUGCACUGCCUGUCCCCGUGCCUGGCCUGGAGCUUCCUCAAGGCCGGCUUUGCCCGCCAAGGUGCCAAAGAGAAGCAGCUGCUGAGGGAGGGCAACGCCUUCAACGUCUCGUCCUUCGUGCUGCGGGCCAUGAUGAGCGGCCAGUACUGGCCCGAGGGGGACGAGCUGUACCACGCCGAGCUGGCCGUGCCCGUGCUGCUGGUCCAUGGCAUGCACGACAAGUUCGUGCCCGUGGAGGAGGAUCAGAGGAUGGCGGAGAUCCUGCUGAUCGCCUUCCUGAAGGUGAUCGACGAGGGCAGCCACAUGGUGAUGCUCGAGUGCCCCGACACGGUGAACACGCUGCUGCACGAGUUCGUCCUCUGGGAGCCCGACACGCCCGACGGCGACGGCGACACCAAAUGAGAGCCAGCGCCAGGCCAGGACACCGGGCCGGGACAGCGGGGACAGCGGGGACAGCGGGAGCUGCCCCGGGAGAGGCGGGGCCGCACGGCCCGGUUUGAGUCCCCGGGCCCGGUUUGAGUCCCCGGGUCCGGUUUGAGUCCCCGGGCUCGGUUUGAGUCCCCGGGUCUGGUUUGAGUCCCCGGGCCCGGUUUGAGUCCCCGGGCCCGGUUUGAGUCCCCGGGCCCGGUUUGAGUCCCCGGGUCUGGUUUGAGUCCCCGGGCCCGGUUUGAGUCCCCGGGCUCGGUUUGAGUCCCCGGGCUCGGUUUGAGUCCCCGGGCCCGGUUUGAGUCCCCGGGCUCGGUUUGAGUCCCCGGUUUGAGGAGGCUCUGCCGGGAGCCAGGGGAGGCUGCGGGGAUGGUCCCCAACCUGGGGACACGGGGGACAUUGUCACAGCUGGUCCCCAACCCAGGACAUUUGUCACAGCCUGUCCCCAACCCUGGGGACAGAGGGGACGUGGCAUGGUCGGUCCCCAACCCCGGACAUUGUCACAGCUGGUCCCCAACCCUGGGGACACAUGGGACAUUGUCACAGCCGGUCCCCAACCCUGAGGAAAGAGGGGACAUGGAAUAGCCGGUCCCCAAUCCCGGACAUUGUCACAGCCAGUCCCCAAUCCCGGACAUUGUCACAGCUGGUCCCCAACCCUGGGGACACGGGGGACAUUGUGACAGCUGGUCCCCAACCCCGCGAAUGGAGGGGACAUGGCACUGCCGGUCCCUAACCCUGGACAUUGUCACAGCUGGUCCCCAACCCUGGGGACAAGAGGGGACACGGCACGGCCAGUUCCCAGCCCUGGGGACACGGGGGACAUGGCAUGGCCGGUCUCCAACCCAGGACAUUUGUCACAGCCUGUCCCCAACCCCGGGGACAGAGGGGACAUGGCACGGCCUGUCCCCAACCCAGGACAUUUGUCACAUCUGGUCCCCAGCCCUGGGGACAUGGCAUGGCUGGUUCCCAACCCUGGGGACAAUGGGGACAGGCGGUCUCCAACCCUGGACAUUUGUCACAGCCGGUCCCCAACCCUGGACAUUGUCACAGCCAGUCCCCCACCCCGGGGACAGCGGGGACACGGCGCAGUUGGUCCCCAAGCCCUGACAUGCCACAUCUGGUCCCCAACCCCAGCAGGACAAUGUCUCACCUUGUCCCCACACCUGGACAUGUCACACUUUGUCCCCACACCCGGACAUGUCACACCCUGUCCCCCAGAC